AUGUCCGCCCCGUACGGCAGCCUGAUGCGGUACCUGUUCCCAGCCCUGCUGCUGCACGGGCUGGGAGAAGGUUCUGCUCUUCUGCACCCAGACAGCAGGACCUACCCUCGGUCCUUGGAGAAGAGUGCCUGGAGGGCUUUCAAGGAGUCACAGUGCCAUCAUAUGCUGAAACACCUUCACAAUGGAGCCCGCAUCACCGUACAGAUGCCUCCCAAUAUUGAGGGCCACUGGGUCUCUACUGGCUGCGAAGUUAGAGCGGGCCCAGAGUUCAUCACAAGGUCUUACAGGUUCUACCACAACAACACCUUCAAGGCCUAUCAGUUCUACUACGGAGGCAAUCGCUGCACCAACCCCAUCUACACCUUAGUCAUACGAGGCAAAAUUCGCCUCCGGCAGGCGUCCUGGAUCAUCCGCGGCGGCACCGAGGCCGACUAUCAGCUCCGCAGCGUGCAGAUCAUAUGCCACAACGAAGCAGUAGCCAAAAAAUUAAGUGAGUUGGUGAACCAGACGUGUCCUGGAUUUAUCCCAGGAGAUAGUCCCUGGGAGCAGGAUGUGAGCUAUGAUUUGCUGAGAGAAGAGAACGGCUGUGAAUGCACCAAAGCUCUGAAUUUUGCCAUGCACGAGCUCCAGCUGAUCCGUGUGGAGAAGCAGUACCUGCACCUCAAUGUAGACCACCUUGUGGAGGAGCUAUUCCUCGGAGACAUUCACACUGAUGCUACUCAGAGGAGGUUCUAUCGGCCCUCUAGUUACCAGCCUCCUCUUCAAAAUGCCAAGAACCACGACCACAAGUGCAUCGCCUGCAGGAUCAUCUACCGCUCGGACGAGCACCACCCGCCCAUCCUGCCCCCCAAGGCGGACCUGACCAUCGGGCUGCACGGAGAGUGGGUGAGCCAGCGCUGCGAGGUGCGGCCGGAGGUGCUCUUCCUCACUCGGCACUUCAUCUUCCACGACAACAACAACACCUGGGAGGGCCACUACUACCACUACUCUGACCCCAUCUGCAAGCACCCCACCUUCACCAUCUAUGCCAAGGGACGCUACAGCCGCGGAGUCCACUCGUCCAAAGUCAUGGGUGGCACGGAGUUUGUGUUCAAAGUGAAUCACAUGAAGGUCACUCCCAUGGAUAUAUCCACAGCCUCGCUGCUCAAUGUCUUCAACGGGAACGAGUGUGGAGCACAGGGAUCCUGGCAGGUUGGGGUUCAGCAGGACGUCACCCACACCAACGGCUGCAUCGCGCUCGGCAUCCGCCUACCUCACACCGAGUACGAAAUCUUCAAGAUGGAGCAGGAUGCCUGGGGCAGGUACCUGCUCUACAAUGGCCAGAGACCCAGCGAUGGCUCCAGCCCCGACCGACCCGAGAAGAGAGCCACUUCCUACCAGAUGCCUUUAAUUCAGUGUGUCUCAUCAGUACCCAGACCUGAAGAGUCACAUGAGGAAAGUAAAAUCAGGCUGUACAGCAGCAGGGCACCGGAAAAAUAUCCCAGCACCGCAGCUCUUGCUCUGUUGUUUAUUUGUACUGUGUCAUACUGGGAUAUUCUCAGCUAG